AUGCCGUUGAGAGUGGUCGUCGCACAGAAGGUGAAGGAAGCAGAAAUCACCGAGCAAGACUCGCUUCUUCUGACGAGGAACCUGCUUCGAAUCGCUAUAUUCAACAUCAGCUACAUCAGAGGCCUUUUUCCGGAGAAGUAUUUCAAUGAUAAAUCCGUUACUGCUUUAGAUAUGAAGAUUAAGAAGCUUAUGCCAAUGGAUGCAGAGUCUCGUAGACUUAUUGAUUGGAUGGAGAAAGGUGUCUACGAUGCAUUACAGAAGAAGUAUCUGAAGACGCUCUUGUUCUGCGUCUGUGAAGCAGUUGAUGGACCAAUGAUUGAGGAAUAUGCAUUUUCUUUCAAUUACUCAGGAUCUGACAGCCAGGAGGUCAUGAUGAAUAUCAACCGUAGUGGAAACAAGAAACAAGGUGGAACAUUCAAGUGCAGCUCUACAGAAGAAAUCACUCCCAACCAGAUGAGGAGCGCUGCUUGUAAGAUGGUCCGGACUCUGGUUCAGCUCAUGAGAACUCUGGAUAAGAUGCCUGAAGAAAGAACCAUACUUAUGAAAUUACUCUACUAUGAUGAUGUGACACCAGCGGAUUACGAGCCACCAUUUUUCAGAGGCUGCACAGAGGAGGAAGCUCACAAUGCAUGGACCAAAAAUCCUUUGAAAAUGGAGGUUGGGCAUGUAAAUAGCAAGCAUUUUGUGUUGGCACUUAAGGUGAAAAGUGUGCUUGAUCCUUGUGAGGAUGAAAAUGAAGAUAUUCAGGAUGAUGAAGAAGAAGGGAGCGUAGAAGGAGAUUCUGCACAAAGGGCUGAUUAUUCUGACUCAGACAGUGAGUUUAACCAUUCACAAGAGGAUCGAUAUAUAGUUGCUCCAGUAGAUACGCGCCGGCAGCAAGAUGAUGCCGCAGUUGAGGAAGAUGAUACGCAGGACCCCAUGGAAGAUGAGCAACAAUUGACCCGAGUCACGGACUGGAUAAGUUGCCGUCACCUCGACACUGUUGAACUUACUGAUGUUCUAUCAAAUUUUCCAGACAUCUCAAUGGCUCUGACUGAAGAAAUUAUGGAUAAGCUUGUUAAAGAAGGUGUCCUAUCAAAAACAGGAGCUGACACUUAUGUGAUCAACAAGCAGAAGGCAACUGAUUUUGAGUUCAAUUUGGUGAAAAAAGAAAUCGAUGAUCAAGCUGGUGAUAAAGCUUUGCUCGAUGAUGAUUUUAUGUACAUGAAGGCUCUGUAUUAUGCUCUUCCGAUGAAUUAUGUGACGAUUGCGAAACUUCAAAACAAGAUUGAAGAACCAGUGAAUCAGAAUACCGUUCGGAAGAUGAUUGAUAAAAUGACUCGGGAAGGUUUUGUUGAAGCAAAAAGCAACAGAAGGCUGGGAAAACGUGUGAUCCGUUCUGUCAUGACUGAGAAAAAGCUAAUUGAAGUCAAGAAAGCGUUGAAUAAAGAUGCUAUGGAUGUGGACACCAAUGAACCACAAAGCAAGUCAAGUCAUUUAGCUAGCCAAGCUCUGGGAAGCAACCACAGGGAUUUUUCCACAUGCGGUCUCCUCCACUCCAUUGGCUCAGAUCUCACUCGGAUGAAAGUGAGAUCUGAUUUCGACCAGAUCUCCAAAGAAAAGGAGCCUGGAAACACUACUCCGACAAGCAGGGCGCAGCAUCCAGUAGUCUCCCGAGAGAGUUUUGCGGCCGCAAAUGGGAACACAAAGGGCUGUGAAGAGGUGGACGGGAUUCUGUGUACUAGGUCGAGCCAAGCUGACAAGCGAACCAGAAAAACAAGCACGGUCAAGGAGCCUAUCCUUCAGUACUUGAAGCGCCAGAAAUCGCAAGCCCCCUCAGAUGUCUCGGGACCAUCAUGACACGUGAACACUUUUUCUUCCAUUCCUUUCCAUUCUUCCUUUUCCACUUAAUAAUAUUGUGGAAUUCAAAGGAGAAAUUUUAUAAUGUAGCUUAUAAAAGCUGUAGCGAUUUCACGUUCUGGGGAUGAUUCGUGUUAUGUACUUGCGCCAUACGAGG